AAGGCAUGGCCAUUGAGUCCUCACCGUAACAGAAACUCGAUUAGUUGCACCCUUUUACAUCAUAAAUCAUAGACAGCAGGCGUCUCUAAUGUAUGCCUCACUUCACUAGACUCCAUGUUGUCCUUCUGAGUUGCUUACGGUCCUUGUUUGACCACUCGCACUCAGGGGUCCCUUUUUUGGAACGUUCAACCACAAUCGACCUCGCCCUGUUCAAAUAUUCAAUCAGUUUAGGAUUUAAGCUAAUUAAUAAUUGAUGAAAGACGAUUCCAAGCUGUUCAAUCGAUCUGUUGAUGAUUGAUUACGCAGAAGCAGUUGGAAGUUGUCGUCAAGGAUUUCUUUAUUAAUCCUACGCUUCCAAUUCAGAAUCUGAUUGUUUUGGUUUUUCCCAAUUUUUUUGAAGGUGUUCGACAAUUGCAAAUGAUGGGACUACAUUCCAAGAGUUGGUAUAAAAGGGUUAAGCAUCUUCAGGUUCAUCACACUGGAACAGUGACUUGAUACCAAGUUUCCAAAAUCAUUAUGCUGACUAAAACUGCAUUGAUUUGCAGCAUCAUUGCUGCUGUUCACGCUACAGGUGUUUUUGUAAAUACAGGAGGAGUCAGUACCACUACAAGACGACAAAGUAGUGAUGGCAGUUAUGGUUUCAGUUACGAGAUAGUAGAUGCCAAUGGCGCUUCAAAUUCUCGUAUGGAAAUCGGAGAUGCCCAUGGAAAUAAGCAGGGUAACUAUCACUUAAUCGACACUGAUGGACGAGCUCGUAGGGUUGAUUAUAUUGCCGAUAAGGGUGGAUUCCGGGCAGUGGUUAAAACCAACGAACCUGGCACAGCCCGAAGUGCACCAGCUGGAGUAGUUAUUGAUUCUCCAUAUCAGGGACCUGUUGCUCCUGAAGUACCUGUUGUCGUUGCUCAACCACCCGCCCAUCCAGCUCCUCCUGUUGUUCAAGAACCAGUUGCCAUUCCACCUCCAGUUGUUCAAGAACCUGUAGCGGUUCCAGUUGUGCAAGAGCCAAUUGCUGUUCCAGCUCCCGUAGUGCAGCAGCCUGUGGCUGUUCCAGCCCCUGUAGUUGUUCAGCCAGUUGCCCAUCCAGUUCCAGUAUCUACUGUUUUCACUGUAAGACAUACAGUUCCAGCUGCUCAGAGGCCCUUAAUUCCCACUCGUGGCAUCGUUGUUAACCAUGGACUUUAUAAUUUUGGAGGCAUUAGCUAUUCAAAUGGAAUUGUCGGAUUCAAUCCUCUAAAAGGCUAUCCUCUGAUUCGUUGAGUAUAUGUAAUUAUUUUUCAUAUUCCAUUGGGUAAUUCUAAAGAAUGUCUUUUGUCUUAAGGGUUAUUGUGGUGUUAAAUGUGUUUUGUGAAUGCUAUUAUAAUUUCAUUUUGUUUGUUUUUGUCUGAAGAAGCCGGCAGUUGAAAGCAGUUGCUUAUAAAUUUUAGUAGACUGUUUUGUUACUUAAAGACUGCUUUUUGUUGAUAUAAAGAGAGCUUAUAACAGAUGCAUGAACAGGGUUUUACGCUAUCUACAAGUGUAUGCGCAUUUUUUAAAUAA